UCGCAUUCAUUAACGGCGCUGAUGGUGUCAGAAGCACUUAUCAACAAUCACAGCCGAUUGUACAAGAAUCUGACACUACGUAUAUAUAUACAUACGCCUGUCGUCGGCGAAUCAGCCGAACGUGGUCGAUGCGGCGCUCGAUAGUUGACGGCCGGCUGACGUUCGGAUCGCACAGCGUGUCGCAUGCGAGCAAAUCAACGGGCCGCGCGUUGUAAACAGCGAAUCGCGGGCGCUUGAUGUUCUCGUUCGGAGUCUUGUAUCCAGCAUUCGGGACAACGGGACGUCGAGUAAACAGCUCCGCCAAAGAAAUGCUGCGCACGUUCGCCAGCAGAGCCUUGCCCGCGGGCACCAGCUACCACUUUCAUGGACGCGCCUUGGCAUCGGGACAGUCGCGCGAUCGCGCCGGAGCCUCGGAGUUGCGUCACGUUUCCAUGCGACAGAGGCGAUUCAAUCACGGGCCCGGGAAGAACUUGUCGUACAUCUCGAACGGAGGCAGCGUGCCGCUGAUAGACGUCACCGUGGGACAACUGAUGGACACCGCGUCGGAGAGAUGGCCGGACAAAGAGUGCCUGAUCUCCGUCGACCAAAACGUUCGUCUAACGUUCUCGCAGCUGCUGCGACGCGCGGACAGAUUCGCGGCGGGUCUGAAGAAGCUGGGCCUGAGGAAGGGCGAUCGCGUGGGUAUAUGGAGUCCGAACACCGCGGAGUGGCUGACAACCUUCUGGGCCUGCCUCAGAGCCGGCUUCAUCUGCGUGCCCCUGAACUCGGCGUACCAAUUGGGCGAGAUGACGUACUGCCUGGAGAAGGUGGGCAUCAAAGCGGUGAUAUCGCCGGACAGGUUCAAGACGCAGGAUUACCCGAGCAUGCUGCUGCAGGCGAAGCAGUCCUGCCCGAAUUUCGAGCACAUAAUCAUCGCGUCGAGGGAUCACGUGGCGGGCACUCGACGGUACUGCGACGUGGAGGAGCUCGCGGCGAGGAUCGAGGUCGAGGCGAUCGCCGCGGAACAGGACGCGGUGUCGUGUUCCGACGAGUGUGCCAUACUGUUCACGUCGGGAACCACUGGGAGACCGAAGGCGGCGCUGUUGACGCAUAGAUCCGUGGUGAAUAAUUCGCGACAGGUCUUAGAAAGAUCGGAGAUUCGAGCGGAGCAUAAGGCGUGCCUGAACGUCCCGUUCUUCCACGUGUUCGCCAUCAUUAAGAGCCUGGUGAUGCUUCAAUCCGGUUCCAGCAUCGUGCUGGAGUCGCCCUCGUUCAACCCGGUCAAGUCGAUAGAGGCGAUGCUGAAGGAGAAAUGCGAGAUCACUUAUGGGACGCCGACGAUGUGGAUCAAUCUUCUCGACGCCCAUCAACGGCUCCAGCCUCCGCCAAUAAGGCUGUUCUCCGGGGUCACCGGGGGAGCCCCUGCCGCGCCGGAGCUCUUCAGGAGGGUACGGGAGUGUUUUCAUUUCGACAAGAUGAAGACGAUCUACGGGCAGACGGAGGGGACGGCGGUAGUUUGUCAGUCGUUACCCGGCGAGCCUGCGGAGUUGACGGACAAAACGGUCGGCCAUGUGUCUUGCCACAUGGAGAUCAAGGUGGUGGACCAGAAAGGAGCAACCGUUCCCUUAGGCACCGUCGGCGAGCUCUGCGUGCGCGGGUACAACGUCAUGAAGGGUUACUGGGGCGACGAGGAGAACACCGCGAAGACCAUAACGGAAGAUGGCUGGCUGAAGACCGGCGAUCAAUUCAUCCUACGGCCGGACGGUUACGGGCACAUAAUUGGCAGGUUGAAGGACAUGCUGAUCAGAGGCGGGGAGAACAUUUUCCCGAAGGAGGUCGAGGACUUCUUGAUGACGCAUCCGAUGGUGCUGGAGGCGCAUGUGAUCGGCGCUUACGACCGCGUUUACGGCGAGGAAAUAUGCGCGUGCGUGCGUCUCCGGGAGGGCGCGCGGCUCACCGCGGAGGAGCUUAAGAGCCACUGCAAGGGUAAGAUCGCGCACUUCAAGAUACCGCGUUACGUCGAGUUCCUCGACGAGUUCCCGAAAACGGGCAGCGGCAAAGUGCAGAAGUUCCGGCUGAAGCAGGAAAUGGAGCGUAAGGGCGUGAUCCCGGCCGCCCCGAGCGAGCCGGAGUUUUCCACGAGCGUUUCCUCGGUUUGAAUCGCCACCCACUCCUUUCCCUUCGAUUCACCCUCGACCCUCGUCGCUCAAUACCAAAGCACAUCGGGAUACCGAACGUAUUACGGGAUAGUAUUCGGUGAUCGUGCAGUACAAAUCAAGCUUGUCAGGGAGAAAGCUUCGGAGUAGUUUUAUUUAUUUCCCCUUAUCUCCGCCUAGAUAAAAGGGUAACGCAGAUUAAACAUAGCUGAGACCUGUACUCGCGUUUAUCAAAAGUGUUAUCGUUGGAAAGGUCAUAGCCGUGAUAAGGAUACACCGCGCGAUACACGGAGUACAGAAGAUGGCGCCACACGACUGCCAGAACGAUUGAGGGGCUCGGCAAAGUAGAGAGCUGUCUUCGUAUGCAAAACGGUUACCAUCGCGGAGAUUGUUCCGUCGAUAAUUUGAUCAUGUCCAUUGUAAAAUAUUGUACAAUUUUAUGGACCUUUUGAUAAUAUAUCUUCCAAGAACAACAUUUCCGAAGCAAACCCCGCGGAGAAGCUCGCAAAGAGCAAGCGGCGAUGCGACACCUCCGGUCGAUCUCCCGUUUCCCGCAGCACGCGUCCGCGUUUUUGCGACGACGCCGAGGAAACCUCGUCGUGGACGCCAAAUGUCGCUGAAAAACGUCGAUCGGUGAUCGAUGACAACGCGGGGCCGGAAGCUUCGCAUAAUGAAGCGCACCGGGAAGGAAGCCGGGGAAGCUGGAAAGGUGUACGCUGACGCGGCACCGGGGAAAAAGAGGACGCGGAGCGAAAAGACGGUGGAAGCCAUCGAAAUCCGCGGAUCCUCCGAGUCGGGCACGUGUUUCAGGUGGCGUCUAAUUGAGGAUGGAUAGCCGGAGGGCAGUCUCGGUUCUCCGAAGACCGGAGGACUCGGGAGAGGCGUGCAUUA